AUGGAGGUGACGUUAGAAGAGCUCAGGGUUGCUAUUUAUGUGAUCGGCAUUCCACUGGCCAUGCUUAUCGGCGGAAUAUGGUUUGCGGUAGACCUAUAUCGUGAGCUACUUCUAGAAAAAGACCAUACAUCAUCGUCGGAAGUCAGGAACUGCAACUGCAACCAUAAUCCAGACUAUCUCGAGGAUCUCGAGAAAGCACUUAGUAAAACCAAAGGCAAGCAUAUUAUAACCAUCUAUACCAAUGUAAAGGAUUAA